AUUUUCACAUGUUUCACUAGGAAAAAUGUGCCAGAGUAUGCAGUGUCAAGGGAAAAAAAUGAUUUGGGAGCCCUUCGCUUUGACUUGUCAUCAGACUUGACUCCUCUCUUCAACUGGAACACCAAGCAGCUGUUCCUCUACCUCACUGCUGAGUACCAGACUCCUAACAACAAAGUUAACCAGGUAGUGCUCUGGGAUAAGAUCAUCAGGCGGGGAGAUACUUCACUGGUCAACUUGAAGAAUCAGCACCUCAAGUACUACUUUUGGGAUGAUGGCAAUGGUCUACUGGGUCACAAGAAUGUGAGUUUGACGCUCUCAUGGAACAUCAUCCCCAUUGCUGGAACCCUCCCUACAUGGAGUGGCACCGGGAGCUACAAGCUGUCCUUCCCCUCAGAGUACACAUUGGGUAGAACCUAUUAAAUUCACAGGAAUGUAAACACAUGUUUAGUUUCAUGGGCUCUGUGAGUCACAAUUAAUCGUAUGAUUAAUUUUUGAUCUUCUUGGAUCACUUGACACUAGGAUACAAACUUUUUUGUUUUGGACAUUUUAAUCUCAACCAAUAGAAAAGUUUUUCAGAUCUUUUUUUCCAUUCCUUCAUUUGUUUCCAAAAUGGAUGAAUUUAAGAAAAUUGAUGCCUAUGUAGUAACUUGGGUAUGAAAGGAAGUGUGUGAUUAGAUUUAUAUUUUUCUGGUACAGUCGCUGUUUGUCAUCAUAAUUAGAACUUGAGGGAUACACUAAUGUAAUUAACCAAUGUAAUUUCUUUUUCAUCUCAUUAAGCUCCAGUAAGUUAUUCAAGUAAAUUGUUAUUCAUCAUAUUUGAGGUUUGGCCAAGCAGUCUGAGGGGACAUUUAUGUAGUCUGUCACUAGUGUUCUUAAAUAUCUGAAUACUGUGCUGCUGUGGAACUGGUAACACUGUUGACUUGCUGUUAAUUUUUCAUUGACAAUGAUAAAGCUUUCCUUGGUGCAGGUGCUCGCCAUUCUGGCCUAGUACAGUAUUUUCUGAUAAUACCGAGACAUUCUUGAUACAGGAUUAUAGUGGAAAGCCACAUACAUAGAGUAAUUCUAGCUUCAAGGGAAAUUAGAUAUCAAUUAUGCUUUUACAGGGGGAAAAAGAAUAUGUAUGUUUUGGAGAUUGACUUUAAAGUUGUAACUGUAGAUCAGACUUGUUUGACAUCACUCGUCUCGAGUCUCCCCGCUCGUGUAUUGGCAUUCUGAAUAACUAGGACUUUUAAAUGUUCUGUAAUACUAGAACUGUACUACAUUGUUUAUAAGACUUAACACUGUCUUAUAUAAACAUUUUGACACCUAAUGAAAGUGGACAUUUUAAUAGAUGCUCUAUGUUCUUCCAACAAAGAAAUGUAUAUUUAAAAUCUGUUGGUUGCCAUUAAUAGGUAAUGAGUUAGUACAGUAUUGUCAAAGGUUGCCAUGGAAGAGUGGGUGUUAGGUACAGUGUGUUGUGCACAGUACCAUUGAUAUAAUGUACUAUACUGUAAUUGCUGCAGUAAAUUCCAGUUUCAUAAUUUGUCAAGUUGUUGAGGUUGUGUGUUGUUGAUGACAUUCUGGUGUUGUCACACGUGCAUGUGAGAAAAGGACAUUGUGCUAUUACAAGUGAAUAUACUUUUUUUGUACUGCAUGUAAUUCAGAGUUGUUUAUAAGAUUUCUUUUGAGAAGAAUAAUCAGUGUGUUUAGUUCAAUAGUUAUGUCUUCAAUGGAAUCUGAUGAUGAUUACUCUUGUCUGUAAACUGGAUUUUCUUUUAUUGAACAUUCAAUGGAAAAAGCCUAUAGAAAUUGGUGAGGGGGAAAUAUUUGUUAGGCAAGAUUACAUGGUGUUCCUUGUACACUUAUUGAGAAGUGAUUGAUUAAAAACUAUUGGGUAUUCAGUAUUUGAUAUAGCAAAUAUUUGCAAUAUGUAUACAGUUGAAUUUCUUCUUUGUGGUGAUACAGUACUUGUGUAUUUUGCUUAUGAAUGUUAUUAAAGUGAUUUUUCAAA